UUGGAUCCAAUGUAUUACUUCUUUGCUUUGACCAGAUGUGAACUCUACAAGAAAUUAGAGUAAAUAAGUAGUUUUUGCUAGAUUAAAGAGAGCAAACUGCUUAGGAACCACUGCAAAUUUUGCCAACCCUUUGGUUUUUUCUUCUUUCUUUUUUUUUUCCAGCAUUCCUCUUUUUUUUCAGAAACAGAUGCUUCUUCCUCUUCACCUGACGACCUCCUCAUCAACAUCUGACUGAGUGGAAACCAGACUUCUCGGUUUGAGUCAACGUUUCCACGUGACGAUCACCUCCUCACCAUGGCCGGUGACCCAGACCCUUACAUCUUCUUCAGUGACACUCUACCCAGUGACAUCCGCUUCCUCCCUCCGCUGGCCAAUGGCCUUCUGGGCUGGAGGGUGUACAACAAUAUCAUGCACAUGGGUGGCGUGUAUAACGGAGAGGGAGGCCAGUGCCACCGUGCAGAUGUUCCCUGUCCUCUAGCUGUGAAAGUGGAGACAGAGGAAGCUGCCAAACACUGUUACAGCCUGGACACGAACACAGGUGUUUUUACUCACACUCUGAGCUUGGCCAAUGCAACAGUCUCACAGUCUUUGUAUUCACACCGGCACUACCCCAACAUGAUGGUGAUGGAGAUUAUGAUGGUGCGUCAGGUGGCGUCAGAGGAACCCAUCACUGUUAAUCUGGUCAGUUCGUUCACACCUCAGAGCAAAGACAUUGUUUUUGAGCCUGGUCCUGAUUAUAAAGGAGGGAGUCACAUCCUGGGUCAGGUGACCACCGCUGAGUUCCCGGGUGGCCCCUGUCCAACAGUGCACCUUAUCUGGUCCUACGUACCCUCCACUCUGACACUGGCCCCAGAUCAGAGCGAGGGUCGCUGGGGCUACCUCCUAAUUUUGGCCAACACUUUAGAGUCUGCUGAGGCCAGUUUUGAUGAGGGGCUGAGUCUGAAGGCAACCGGGAACCUUCGUCCGUCUCACGAGAAGGCCUGGAAAGAGCUGUGGCUUCACAGCAGGGUGGAGGUGACAGGGUCAGAAAGCCUCAGCAAGGCUCUGAUUGGUUGCAUGUUCUACCUCCUCAGUGCCUUCCCCUCCAUACAUGACACCUCCAGCAGUUUUGGUGGAGUCAGUCCAGGUGGACUGUCUAAUGGUGGGGACGGUCAGGACUACUGGGGACAUGUUUUCUGGGACCAGGACAUUUGGAUGUAUCCGAGCAUAGCGCUUUUCUACCCCAAGCUAGCCCGAUCUGUGCUGGAGUACAGGGUGAGGACCAUAGACGGCGCAAAAGACAACGCCCAAAAGCAGGGCUUCAAGGGACUGAAGUUCCCGUGGGAGAGUGCUGUGUCAGGGAGGGAGGUGUGUCCAGAAGACAUUUACGGACAACAAGAGAUUCACAUCAAUGGAGACGUCACACUGGCCUUCCAACAUUAUCUCUACCUCACUGAGGAUGUGUCCAUGUUCUCGGAAGGCCAGGGCUGUCAGGUGAUCUGGGGCGUGGCUGACUACUGGGUCUCCAGAGUAAACUGGAACCCUGAGGCCCAGCAGUAUCACCUCUUAGAUGUCAUGCCACCAGAUGAGUAUUACUACAGUGUCAACAACUCUGUGUACACAAACACAGUGGCCAAAUUCAGUCUCCAGUUCGCUGUAGAACUAGCUGAUAUCCUCAAAUAUCCUGCACCAAAGGAAUGGAAAACAGUGGCCGAACACAUCAAAAUACCUUUUGACGAAGGAUCGCAGUACCAUCCUGAGUUUGAUGGUUAUAUCAAAGGUCAUCCAGUGAAGCAAGCGGACACAGUGAUGUUGGGCUAUCCUCUUGGGUUGCCAAUGACCCCUGAGAUCAGGAGGAAUGAUCUUGAAGCGUAUGAGCCAGUAACUGACCCUCAUGGACCAGCCAUGACAUGGGGCAUGUUUGCAAUCGGCUGGCUGGAGCUGGGGGAGGCUGAGAAAGCGCAGCGUUUACUCGAGAAGUGCUUCAAAAACAUCCAGGGACCGUUCCAGGUAUGGAGUGAAUCAUCAGACGGCUCUGGUGCGGUCAACUUUCUCACGGGUAUGGGAGGAUUCCUGCAAGCUGUGGUGUUUGGUUAUACUGGCAUCAGAGUUCAGAAGGAUUGCCUGGCCUUUUCUCCACUUCUUCCCAAUGAUAUUUCUGAGCUUUGCAUCCGUGGAGUGAACUACCUCGGCAAUCAGUUGGACUGGCUGCUGAGGAAGGAGGAAAUUUGCAUCAUAGUGAGGGAACAGGAAGGUGGUGCUGCCAGCGUAAAGGCCUGCGAUCUACAGGUUGUCCUGAAGGCAUCAGGAACCCAAAUCCCUCUCACACCAGGGAAGCCGGUGACUUUUGCUCGGGAGCCUGGGUGCAUUCGUAAACUGGCUGUAUCUUCUUCCUGUUGGCCUCUCUGAAACAGGAGCCCUGACCCUCCUAAUUAUUCCAUUGAACCCAGAAAAAUAUAUCACAUUUUUUAAUAUCUGGGCUGUUGUUGUAUUUCGUCAUUAACCUGUUUAAGCAUUAACAAACUGCAUGAAACUCAACCAAUAAUAGUAACCUUAAUUCCACGUCAAAGUCCAGCCAUAUGACCAAAAAUACAAAAUGGUUUACAAACUGUAAAUGGACUGUUUAUAUUGAUUUAAUAAAAAGAGAAAUG